AUGGAUCUAAUGGAGAGGCACCGCGAUGUGCUUGGAUGUAAGAGAACUGAUGCUGUGUCCAUCCACGCAAAGAAGAAGACGCGGGAGAAGUUGGCCGACGAGAUCAACCAUCACCACAACGUGCCGUCACGAACAUCCAAGCAGUUGAAAAAAUGCUGGGACAACCUGAAAGAAAUUUGGCGCCGUGAGAAAGCCGAAGACACGUGCGAGAUCUUCAAAGCAGGUGGUGGCACCCCGGCGGACAGCCACAUGGGAGAGAAAUUACUGAGGGUCGGUGCGGUGGCAACCCACACGGCCAUACGCCUUACAAACCCAUUGGACAGCGACUGCGCUGGGCCUGGUACAGAGCUCACGCCAGCUGUAGCAGUACUGUAG